UAAUAAUUAGUUUAUCUUUUCAUGUCGAACUUCACCUGGAUGAAAAAUAACGCACAAAUAUAAGAGUUAUUGCUAUUAGUUAAACGAAGCUCGGUGUAUUCAUUAGUACUCACAGGUGGAAAUCAUAAAGUCUACACACCUCGGUCUCGGUGCCUGUGGGCGCGUUUCUUCCACGCUGCUUAGCAAAAUAAUUUCACUUUUUGGAUUGGUUUGGGCAUGGUGGGGAAAACAUUCGUUCCUAUGUGGCAUCUGUAACUUUAUACUGCUCUGAAAGGAACUUAUUUUUCCAGAGUCAUGGACGAACCAAGUAAACCCUCGCAGCCCGCAGCUGGUGAACGCUCCGGCAGUCAUCCCAGGCCAUUCUUCUAUGUUCAACCAGCGGUGCAGCCAUUUUAUACCUAUCAAUGGCAGAUGAAUCACCCUUAUGGCCAGCAUGGCUUCCCCGGAUCUGCCUUUCAUUUUGGUCGCCCCUACAUGCUCCCUUAUUCCUACCUGCAAUAUCCCGGUUACGUUAUGCCUCACGCUGCCAUGCAUCCCGUGGAUUACCGCAGGGUACACGAGCGAAGCUUUCCGCACGCCCCCGGAUGUGACGCUUCACUUCGACAGUACCAACACGGCCAAGCUGCCCCGAGAGAGAUGGCGUGUGUAGGAGCACAAACGGAUCCGAGCGAAGCCUUAAAUAAACUCAUUGAAUGUCUGGAUCAACUGCGUGCCAGUGACAGUUCCCAAACGUCUGGAAGUGUGUCACCUUUAACCAAGGAACCAAAGUGUGGGGAAGAAAGUGGAGCCAUGGGAGAGGAGCUGAUUAGCAAAUCCAACAUGGCUGAUGACGAUAGAAAUACGAGUUGUGGCGAACAAGCCACUCAAGACGAGGAUUCAUCUCUGACUUCAGGAAGGGAAGAAGAAGAAAAGGAGGAGGUAGUGUAUCACGACUGCUCAGAGAGCCACUCAGACUUGUCUCAGAGUCACUCACCCAGUGGUAGCUGUCAAGAGAAAAACCAGGAUGAGAAGGACCAAGAUGGAGAGGUGGAACAAACCAACGAAGAGAUGGAGUGGAAUGGAUGCAUCGCCAGUCGACCUUCAUCCCAGUCCUCUCCUGUACGCUCUUCUUUAACCAGAAAGACUGAAGAUCAAAGUGUAAUCCAAAAACCGCAAAAUAUUUCGUGCUGCAUCCUCCACUUACCGUUUGAGAAGGUGAUUUCUUCUGGCGUUUAUGGAGCCAGCAUUACUCCUCCAUCCCUUGGCUCACCGUUAAAUUACACUUAUCCUCCUCAGCUAGCUCACGAGCGCGUCAGCGUCCUAAGUCCAUCCCUGGACGAGCUUUCGUCUCACGAUGAGCUGCUCUCCACCGAUUUAGACGACAUUGACCUGUUCCCAAGUCGAAUCUACACCAGAGGGAAACUUGCCGAGGUCGCGUCCAGGAGAUGCCACAGUGCCGAUCUGUGCUUGCUCUAUCCCAAGAGACUGACUUGUGCCAUGUGCGGUUCACACACCUUCAAAGAGCUGAGCAGGGCCAAAACAUGCCGGUAUGAAGACAUGGAAGAUUCAGACGAGGUCGAGGUUGAACGCCGUCUCAGAAAUGCAGCGGGAAAAGGUCACACAAGCAGGAAAACGCACUCGCUGUUAAAACACAAACUCCGAGCUGAGCAUCACAGAGAGAAGGCAGAAAGUCAGCACGAAUCGUCCCGUUCUGAGCAUUUAUGCUGUGAGACAUGCGUCUGCUCAACAGAGAAGACCCCCAGAGCAGCUAACGCUCGCCUAGAACGGCGGUGCAGGGCGACCUCGGAUCAGCUGCUGAGGGACGGACUGAGAGCAAAAGCAUGUAGAGCUCAACCCUUACCACAACGACCACAAAAACCUGGGCAGAGAAAAGCUCGCUGCAAACCACCAGGGUGUCAGGGCUCCAGAAAUGAGGAAGAUGAUGAUAAUGAUGAGCAUGAGGAUGAAGAGGAAGAGCAGGAAGUGCUUCAGUACCACAGGACAAAAGGCAAGUGUGAUUCUCAUAUAGCACCAGCUAUGGACAAAAAGAUAUGCUGA